AUUUAUUUUUUGGAUUACCCCCAUGCUCAUUCUCGUUGUAUUACUAUUGAAAAAGCUUGAAGUGUUUAAGUGUGGAAAUCUUUUUAGUCUGCUCCUCCUGUUCAUCAUUUAUCAAUGAGGGAACUAGAGGCCAAAAACUCACAGCUCAGGAGAAGAUUAAGCUCAGUGGAGGAAGAGAAUGCCUCUCUGGUCACGGAAAACAAACAACUGAUUACUGAGCUGGAAGCAGCACAUCUCGAACUUGCCAGCUCCAAAACCAAAGUACUGGUUCUAGGUUCCACUGUGGGGUCAAGGUCGUCAUGUGUGUCCCAGAUGAAAGACGAAAUAGAGAGUCUUGAGGCUGAGGUUGAGGCCCAAGUCCAAGCACUCAGGGAUACGGAGAAGAAGCUAGAAGAGACUCGAGCAGAUCUGGAGAUGAGGUGCAGACUUGUUGACAAACUGAAAGAAGAGUUAACAGUGGUAAGAGUUGAAUUGGAAGACAGAACAGACCUGGAGAAAAGAGCUGAACAGCAAAGAAAUGAUGCUAUCAUUGAUGCUGAAAGGCAGUCAUCUGCACUCCAGGGGUUCAAGGAAGAUGUGGCAGAUAAACUGAAAAAGGUGUUGGAAAGUGAAAGCAAAUUGAAGGAGGCUCUUGUUCGAUGUGAUAAAGAUCGUGAGUCAUGGGAGAAGAAGUGCUCUCAUCUUGAACAAAAGAAGGACAACAUGAGUCUGCUGAUGGGCCAGUUGAAGGAGGACUUGGAUAAAAUGAAGGCGGCGAGUGAGGAGAUGGACACCCUGCGCUUGCAACUGAAAGAGGCGUCCAGCAAGAGCGGGUUGCUGGAGAGGAGGCUGAGUGAGAUGGAGGUGGCUAAGAAAGAUCUAGAAGAGUUGAGGACGGAGAACAGGGGCCUGCAGAAGCUCAACCGCAGCCAGGAGAACAUGCUGGAGCAGAGUCAGAGAGGGGUCCAACAGACCAAAGCUGAACUGGCUAGCCUAGAGGCCAUCAUCUGCUCGCUGCAUCUCAGAGAGGGCGGAGGAGGAGCAUUGUGUGCCAAUCCAUGUCUUCUUCCCAGGGUAUCUUCCGAUCAUCUUAAUCUCAAACCAGGGGAGCAGUACCAACGUCUCCUGCCUGUGCUCCGUGUCAUGGAGCAGGAGAAAAGCAGACAGGCAGCCGUGGCUUCCGGACUUCAGGAGAAUCUGAGUCAGGCUCAAGAAGAGACGCGCGUCCUGCAAAGCGACGUGACCCAGCAAGACCAGCAGCUCCGGAAACUCCACGCCGAGCUCCAGGACAGGACGUCGGACAUCGCACAGCUGGAGAUGGAAUUAAAGAGGAAGAGCUCUCUCCUGGAGGCUACCGAGAAGCAACUAGAGGCGAAGGAAACCGCGGUCUUGCAUGCCGUGGAGAGGAAUACGGAUCUCGAGCACAACCUGCUGGAAAAGAGCACCAGCACGCGAGAGUUUAAAAACACUCUGGAAAAAAAGACGAGGGACUUGCAGGAGGCACUAGAAGAAUCCCAGAGGAUAAGCACAGACAAAUGUUGGGAGCAGGAGGAUAAAAUAACAAAAUUGCAGUUUUCCCUGGACCAGAAACAGGCUCAGCUAGCGAAGCUGGAGAACGACUACUCCUCAGCGCAACGGGAGAAAGAAGAGUACCUUCAGAAAGCUGACAGACUUCAGACUUCUCUCAGCAAGCUCACACAAGAAAUCGAGAUGAAAGCCAUACAAGACCAGGAGGACUUGCUAUCUCUUAAAUCUCAGGGAACACAGUCCACUACCAAAGUGAGGUUUUUGGAGUCAGCUCUGUCGACAUGCCAAGAGGAGUUAAACGGCUGCAUGGAGCAGAUUCGGGGAGCCAAGAACCGGUAUGACAGAGAGCUGGAAACGAAAACCAAAGAGUUGGAGGCGCUGCAGGUGGAGGUGAGGAACAGUUCCAAUCAGUUCCAGAACUCCAAUGAGCAGGUCCAUCAGCUUCAACACCAAAUCCAGAGGCAGCAAUCCACGCAGCAGCAAAGUGCCUCUAAAAUCUCUGAACUUGAGGACAGCCAAUCGCAGUUACUAGAACAGGUCUCCCACCUGCAGAGGACGCUGGAGAAAGAGAAGGCCAAAGCCUGCAGGGAGCUGAGGGACAUGGAGGACCGAGCCCUGGAGGCCAGUCAGCUGGCAGAGAGGCGUGAGAAAGAGGCCCUCCAACUGUCCACCGAUGUCAAGCAGUUGACAGGAGACAUGAACAGGUUUCGCGGCGAGCUGACCGAGAAGGAGCAGGAGCUCUUGAAGAUCCGCCGGGACAGCGACACCAAGGCCUGCGAGCUGGCCAAGAUGGAGAAGAUGCUGCAGGAGACCAAGGGCCUGCUGGACAAGAAGAGCGAGAGCAGCGCCGAGAGCACGCCCAGCGGAACCGACAACAUGGUGGAGGACCUGGAGGAGAGGGUGCGCUGCAGCCGGCGCGACCGGAGGAACUCCCUCCACCACACGCAGAUGCUGGAGAGCCAGAUGAAGACGGUGCGGGGCGAGCUGGUGGACACCCUGGACCACCUCCAGGAGCUCCGCAACGUGCUGCGCCGCUCCCAGCAGAAGGCCGAGGAGCGCAAAGCCGCCAUGGAUAAACUGGCCGCGGGGCUCAGGGAGAGUCAGAAAGAGCUGGAACUGACUCGUAGGGAGCUGCAGAGAAAGCAACAGGAGGUUCAUAACACGACCAGUAGAGAGACAAACAACGAGCUGCAGCAAAAAUCACUACAGCUGGAACACCUAGCGGUCACGGUCGAGAACUAUAAACAGGACCUCGAGCAGAAGCUAAUUCUCCAACAGGGGGCGCUGGAGACCUCCCAAAGAGAGGCCCAGGAGAAGGCAACGCAGAUAGAGUUUCUGACUGAGAGGCUGGAGUUGAUUAAGACCCAACUGCAAUCGAAAGAGGAUGUGCAACAGGAAGUCCUAGUUCAGAGCCAGCAGCUACGUUUGUGUAGGGAGAAGCUGCACCUGACCGGCCAGAGCCUGCAGGAGAUGAGGAGUCGCUGUGAGAGCCUGGCCACACAGCUGGAGGAAAGCACCCAGUUUGGUCAGGAAACGGAGUUCCAGGCCAGGGAUCUGAAGGAGACGCUGGCCAAGGUCAUGGAGCAGGCCGCCCAGACAGAGAUCAGGACACAGGCCACUGUGUCGGUCCUCAGGCAAGAACUGGACACAGUCAAAAGACUGCAUCUGAAUGAGUUGUCCGCGCUCCAGGAGAGCCAGGUGGAGGUGCUCAAGGCUUCGGAGUGUGUCUCCAACACCCUCCGCUGCUCCCAGGACCAGCUGGCCUACGACCUGCAGCAGACGAGGGCGUGUCUGGAGGACUCCCAGGGCAACACCUCCGCCCUGCUGGCUGAACUGCAGGCUCGCGAGCGGCUGCUACAAAGCACCAACGAGACCUUGCUCAUCAAGGAGUCGGAAGUCACUCGUCUGAAGGCCAAGAUCUCCAGCCGGGAGAGAGCCUCUGAGCUCCACAGCAUGGCAGUGCGCUCAGGCCUGGCCUCCGCAGGCCACGCCAGCGCUGGGAGCACCCCGUUACCCCCGCAGGGGAAGAACGACGACAACGCCUGGCUCUCCAUCCAAGUGACGGACAAGCAAGGGGACCACGCCGACCAGCACACCACACCACUGUUCUGUAACGUGACGGACUGUUCCAGAGUGUGCAUAAGUGCUGAAUGUGCUCACGAAUGAGUGCUCAA